AUGAAGAUACGCCUAAUUAUGACAAAAUGGUUUCAUUUUCUUGUCGUGGAAAAAAACUGUGAAAAUAUAAUUAGAAUGACAAACAAUGAUGAAUUACAAAUAUUCCCUGAUUUGGUAGCGAAGUAG